AUGCCGUCCCGAUCAGAAGAUAUUUUAAAAGGAUUCCAAGUAAAUUGGAUGAAUUUGAGAGAUGCAGAUUCCGGAAAAAUACUGUGGCAAGGAAACGAAGAUUUAUCUGUACCUGAGGUUGAACAUGAAGCAAGAGUUCCAAAGAAAAUCUUGAAAUGCCGAGCUGUAUCUCGAGAAAUAAAUUUCAGUUCUGCUGAGCCACUGGAAAGGUUUCGGUUAGAACAGAAAGUUUUAUUCAAAGGGCGUUGUCUAGAGGAAUGGUUUUUCGAAUUCGGUUUCGUCAUUCCAAAUAGUACUAACACAUGGCAGAGUUUGAUUCAAGCGGCUCCAGAAAGUCAAAUGAUGCCAGCAAAUGUUCUUAACGGAAAUGUCGUCAUUGAAACCAAGUUCUUCGACGACGAUCUAUUGGUCUCAACGAGUCGCGUUCGUCUUUUUUAUGUUUGAAACUCCAACGAACAAACUAA